AUGCCAAGCAAGGUAUUUACUAUAGGCAUAAGCGGUCCGUCAUGCUCGGGGAAAACGACCCUUACGCGUAUAUUACAAAAAGCAUUGAAGCAUACUGCUGUUAUUUAUCAGGAUGACUUUUUCAAGUCGGAUAGUGAUAUCCCAGUGGAUCCAAAGACCAAGCUCCAGAAUUGGGAUUGUCCAAAUGCACUCGAUUUUGAUAAAUUGAAUGAAUGUGUGCACUAUGCUAUCAAACAUUGCAAGUUACCUGAAGGAUUUGUUUCCAAGGAAGAAGAGAACAAGCAUGAUGGAUCGACUCAAGUGUCAAAGCAUGUAUUGGAGGGUCUUUCCAAAUUGGCAACAGCGCUUGAAGAUACUUUAUUCUUGAUUGUGGAUGGAUUCAUGCUUUACUGGGAUCAGGAGUUGUAUCAACAAUUCGAUUGCAAGAUAUUCAUCACAGCUUCUUAUACCACGCUUAAAACACGACGUGAGAGUCGACAAGGCUAUGUGACAACAGAAGGUUAUUGGGCGGAUCCUCCUGGUUACUUUGAUGCUAUUGUAUGGCCUGAAUAUGUGAGAUGGAAUCAACACUUGUUUCAAGGAACCAACCAUUCCGAAAUUGAACACGAAGCUGUGGAAGAUGUCCUUGUCCUCAACACCGACGACCUUUCUAUAGACCAAGUAGCUGAUGCUGCAGUGCAACGAUUGUUGGAUAAAGUUUAG